CGGCGCGACCUUGAUAUGUAGACGCGUGACGGCGGUUGGGAAGGUUUGCAGUGGGGCCCGCUUACCCCAGUGCCCCAGGCGGAUACCUAGGCAGCGGGACGCUAGCGAGCUUGACAGGGAGAGCUGCAGUAGGCUGAUUGAGGGGAAGCUGUGCUGUAGCCCGCCCAAACCGACACAAACACCACCAUCACUCCACUUCCUACACGCUGUCGGCGUUGGUGUGCAACUUAACCUCACCUUCCAACUUCGGCCCUGACAAAACCAUCAUGCUCACACGCCGUGUUUGUGCCAGUGUGCGCGGCAUCCUCUCCCCGCCAUGUGCCACUGCCGUCCGCUCUCAAGCCUUCAGUACUGGCGCUCCGACACAAAGCCCGGCUAAAGCUCCUACCCUCGCCGACAUCACACCCGACAGUGCUGCCAGCUUCAACGAGAAGCAGAAGAGCUUUCGCGACGGUCUGGUAGCUGCUCAGAAGCGAAAGGAACAGGAAGAGCGAGAUGCCCGCGCCCGUGAGCAAGAAAACGGCAAGAAGAAGGGCGGUGCGCUAUCAUCUCUCAUCUACGGCACGCCCGAGGGCCGCGAACUCGACAAGGACAUUGAGCGUAGCUUUUCUCAGGUCUUAGCUCGCGGCAAAUACGUCCACUCCAUUGUAUUUCACGAGGUACUGCAAGACAAGGUCGACGAGUACACCGAGUUAGUUGGAAGCUGGUACCCGAAGAUGGCGUCUAUUCCCGAGAACAAGGUCCAUCUAGUAGGCAGCUGGAGGACGGAAGUGGGAGAUUGCAACACCUUUGUACAUAUCUGGGAGUACCAACGCUACGAGGGUUACCACGAAUCGCUACACAACAUCCAAUCCCAUCCAGAGUUCCCUGCGUUCGAUGCCAAACUCAGGACCUUGAUCAAAUCCAAGCAAAACUCCCUCAUGCAAGAGUUCUCCUUCUGGCCUACGACACCGCCACGCCAGCUCGGUGGCUUGUUCGAAUUGCGCUCGUACACACUACAUCCUGGCAAUCUGCUCGAGUGGGAGACACAUUGGCGACGUGGCUUGAAGGCCAGGCGGGAAGUCAUGGAGGGUGUGGGUGCUUGGUUUGUCCAGAUUGGUGAUCUGAACACAGUACACCAUCUGUGGCAAUUCGCCAACCUGGAGGAACGCAAGGUCCGUCGCGAACAGAGCUGGAGCGUAGAAGGCUGGGGCGAGACAGUGCACAAGACAGUGCCACUCAUCCAGACCAUGAGGAGCAGGAUCUUGAUUCCUUGCUCCUGGAGCACUGUUGCAUAAGCUUCGAUUGCACCGAUCAAGCCACUCAUCUGGCGUACGACCAAGUAAAUGGCGACUGUGCGCUGCUUGCAGUGAGAUGGUGUCAUGUCUGCCGAAUAAUAUAUGUGAGGAAGAUUGAUCACAAUGUUUCAGAAUGAGAUUAGUAUUACUAGUGAAGUUACCAAGCAUCCAGCAUCUAAGUGGUGCGAAAUUGCGAGGCGCUGCAUCAAUUUCAGAUACACAUUUGUAGAACAUGAUCUUCUACCUCAUUCGUUGUGCACGCGCAGGUAGUAGUCGUACCUGACAUACCGUUUUCGCGCUAAGAGGUUGCCAAAACCGGCGGCCAGAGGCUACGUCAUAAGAUUUUGCGCUUGG